AUGGCUGAAGUUAAUACCACUUAUGUCACUGAAUUCAUCCUCAAGGGAAUCACAGACCGGCCAGAGCUUCAGGCUGCAUGCUUCGUGGUAUUUUUAGUCAUCUAUCUGGUCACAGUGCUGGGUAACCUCGGAUUGAUAACCUUGAUCAGGAUUGACGCCCGACUCCACACACCUAUGUAUUAUUUCCUCAGUCACUUGGCCUUUGUGGACUUUUGUUACUCCUCCGCUAUCACGCCAAAGAUGAUGGUGAAUUUUGUUGUGGAAUACAACACUAUCUCUUUCAAUGCUUGUGCAACGCAACUGGGCUGUUUCCUCACCUUCAUGAUCACGGAGUGUUUUCUUUUAGCUUCCAUGGCCUAUGAUCGCUAUGUAGCCAUCUGCAAUCCCCUGCAUUACUCAACACUGAUGUCAAAGAGAUUCUGCAUUCAAUUGGUGGCAGUUCCAUAUAUAUAUAGCUUUCUGGUUGCUCUAUUCCAUACCAUUAUCACCUUCCGACUAACUUACUGUGGCCCCAAUGUCAUUAACCAUUUCUACUGUGAUGACCUCCCCCUCCUGGCUCUGUCUUGCUCGGACACACACAUGAAGGAGAUUCUGAUCUUUGCCUUUGCUGGCUUUGAUAUGAUCUGUUCCUCUUCCAUUGUCCUCACCUCCUACAUCUUUAUUAUUGCCGCCAUCCUAAGGAUCCGCUCCAGCCAGGGGCGGCGCAAGGCCAUUUCUACCUGUGGCUCCCACAUGGUGGCUGUUACCAUUUUCUACGGCACCCUGAUCUUUAUGUACCUGCAACCCAAAUCAAACCACUCCCUGGACACAGACAAAAUGGCGUCUGUAUUUUACACAGUGGUGAUCCCCAUGUUGAACCCCCUUAUCUAUAGUCUAAGGAACAAAGAGGUGAAAGGUGCCACAAAGAAAGCCUUGGAUAAAGGUUAUGAAACCUUAAAGAUAUUAAAAUUAAGAAAAUAAUAAUAUUAAAUGCUU